CCAGCCCAAAGGCCACUAGUUUAUUCAUCUCCUGCCCUCCUCCAUCAGAAGCUACCAAGAAGCACGAGCCUGCAAUUCAGAGAGAGGUUGCUGUUUUAUUUAUAUAUGAGGCGGGCCUAAUGGGUGGAAGGCCAGGUCCUUUGUUGCAGUCCUCUCUCCCCAUUCCCUCGUGCUUCCCUUCUAGUAAAUGAGCCACCACUCCCAUAACUUGCAUUCAUUUCCAUGGCCAGCUCAGUUCAACUCUUCGAUGCGUCGGUCGUGAAAGUGUUUCCUCUCCUCUUGCAUUGAGCUAGCUGAUCUUCUCCAGCUUCCCAACAUCGAUGAUGAUCCCCAGCUGCGAUCCCAAUGACGGAGAGGGUAGCAUGAGGCUUAUCGAGGACCUGACCACCAACACAUCUCGGGUCCAACAGCAGGUUCUGAAGGAGAUCCUAACAAGAAAUGCGGACACAGAAUACCUGCAUGGCUUCCUUGAAGGCCACACCGAUCGCGACCUCUUCAAGAGGCAAGUGCCUGUCAUCGACUACGAGCAGGUCAAGCCUUACAUCGAGCGAAUUGCCAAUGGCGAGCCAUCUCACAUAAUCUCUUCUCAGCCCAUCACAGAGCUGCUCACAAGCUCUGGGACUUCUGGGGGCCAGCCAAAGCUGAUGCCUUCAACUGCAGAAGACCUUGACAGGAAGAACUUCUUAUACAACCUCCUGAUUCCUGUUAUGAACAAGUACGUCGAUGGGCUCGACCGAGGGAAGGGCAUGUACCUCCUGUUCGUCAAGCCGGAAAUCAGCACUCCCUCGGGCUUAACUGCGAGGCCUGUGCUCACGAGCUACUAUAAGAGUAGCAAUUUCCGGAACCGGCCCUUUACCAAGUUUAAUGUGUACACCAGCCCAGAUGAGACCAUCCUCUGCUCAGAUAGCAAGCAGAGCAUGUACUGCCAGCUGCUUUGUGGUCUAAUUCAACGCGAUGAGGUGCUCCGGGUUGGGGCCGUCUUCGCCUCAGCCUUCCUUCGGGCAAUCAAAUUCUUAGAAGAUCACUGGGAGGAGCUUUGUUCUAACAUAAGGACCGGGCAUGUCAGUGAUUGGAUCACCGAUACUAGUUGUCGAAAUGCUGCUGGCAGAAUUCUUGAUAGACCAAAUUCUGAAUUGGCUGAGUUAAUCGAGACGGAGUGCAGAAAGGAACCAUGGGAGGCGAUAAUCAGGCGGCUAUGGCCAAAGACAAAGUAUGUCGACGUUAUAGUCACAGGAUCAAUGGCACAGUACAUUCCCUUGCUCGAAUUCUACAGCGGGGGGCUGCCACUAGUCUCCACCAUGUAUGCAUCAUCUGAGUGCUACUUUGGGAUCAAUCUGAGGCCAUUAGACCUGCCAUCUGAUGUCUCAUACGUGCUCCUACCGAACAUGGCCUACUUCGAGUUCAUUAAGGUCGAGAGGACCGAUGAAGAUGAGGCCAGUAGGAUUGAAUGCAAUGGCAAUGGCGAGUCCAAGGUGGUGGAUCUCACGAACGUGGAGGUUGGUUGCUAUUACGAGCUCGUCGUGACAACAUUUACAGGCUUAUACAGGUAUCGGGUUGGCGACAUCCUCAUGGUGACCGGUUUCCACAACACGGCGCCCCAAUUCCGGUUUGUGCACCGCCGCAACGUAGUCCUUAGCAUCGACACUGACAAGACCAAUGAAGAAGACCUCCUCAAGGCCAUAACACAAGCCAAGCUCCUCCUACAGCCCCUUGGCUGCCUUCUCACCGAGUACACUAGCUAUGCUGACACAUCCUCCAUACCUGGCCACUACGUGCUCUUCUGGGAGUUCAAAACAAAAGGAAGCUCGGAUCUCUCAAACCUAGAUCAGACUGUUAUGGAAGAGUGCUGUUCCACAGUGGAGGCAUGUCUUGACUCGGUUUACCGACGGUGUCGGAGUAAGGACCGAUCGAUAGGGCCGCUGGAGAUCAGGGUGGUGCAAUGUGGUGCAUUUGAUGCAUUAAUGGAUUUUUGUGUUUCGCAGGGUUCAUCAGUGAACCAGUACAAGACACCAAGGUGCAUCAAGUCCACGGAAGGAAUUGGAAUCUUAGAAGAGAAGGUGGUGAGGAGGUUUUUUAGUAGGAAGGUUCCUCUCUGGGAGCCUUACAGGGUGGAGUCUAGAGCUGAUUGAAGGAGGUGGUGGUGAGUAAUGUUAGUGGAAAGGUCACCAUGGGAAGGUGCUUGGUCUUUCUCUUUCUUUGACUGCUCUUGAAUGCUGGGCUCCAGAGGAAGUUGGAGGAAUCUUUGUCGUCUGUUAGUGGAAAGCUGAAAUCCAACUUCGAACCUGCGCAGCGAUAUGAAUCUUUGGGUUCCAUUUAAGUGCUGUUCAAACCAGGAUUGUGUGCAAGUGAGGUAGCGUACUAGUGUCUCAUGUAUUGAAUUAAUUAAGUUGGCCCAAUUGAUCUUUUAGUCUAUUUCAAGCAAAAUAUUGUUAGCAUUUCACUAGUGGAAGAUGGCUUCAUUUGCUUUGAUAUGUCACUGAAGAAUCUUCUGCCAAAA